GAUGAAAACACCUAAAACGAUGCGAUGACCGCUCUCAGGUUCCUUUCUGCCACAACAAAGCGUUACUAUGGAUACCUCACGAUAGUCCUAGACCUGAGGUUUGUUUUUUAUUCCUGCACUGCUGCACUGGUGCAAUAAGUUAGAAUAAGACAAAUAUAUUUUUUUCUCCUCUGCGGUGCGCCUCUGCAGUGGCCAGCUGCGAGGUUGAAUUAUUAAACGUACUCGGAGGAAUUGCAAUAGCCAAUUGUGCAUUAUGGAGAUAUUUUAAUAAAAAAAAUAUUAUAUUUUGUGUGUAUGCAUUUGAAAUUAAUCGCGAUAUGGUCGCGAAUCAGAAGGACAAUUAAAUGAUCGAUGUUUGGGCUCAUCCUAAAAAUGUCACGUGGAAGUCAAGCUUCUCAUGAACGAAGAUCUACGGCGAUCGUUGAACGGCUUCAGCAAAGUGAUAGCGAGGAUGAAGCUUCCGUUUGUGUUAUGAAGGACAGCUACGUGAAACACGAUAGCACGGCGUUGCACAACCAAUGGACCAGUUCGGAAGAUUCGAGCCGAACUUACGACCAAGAAGUCAAAACAAGUUUACCUCGGAGACAAGGUGGCAUUGAAGAUACAGAGACCGAGUCACCGGAUGCCAAGAGCAAUAUUAAGUCACACAAAGCCGAAUCACAUUCGGCUCAUAGAAAAGCACGUUAUUUCGACAUUCACGCAAGCAAGGAAAGAAUUGCGUCAGGAUCCCUUGGGAGAAGAAAGAAACGCAAUAAACAGAUUGAAAGACGAAAGUCUGUGGCACGGCCUCCCACGACAGAUCAUGAUCACGAUCGAGCAAACACCGGAUCUUCCGCGAAACGCUGUAGCGACAAGGAGAAUAAUUUCGCUGGUAAAUCGCGAAAAAGAAAAAAAAAAGUUUCCCAAGACGAUGAGAUGCCCAUCGCCGAGAUCUUGAAGAAGGCUCAAGAAAACGCGCUUACAAAAUACGAGGAACCUGUGCCGCUUCCGGAACUGACUACGGACACAAUUUAUAUUCAAGGCAGGAGUGGCUUUAGCGCCGUGAAAAUUGGCGGAUCGAGACGUGCUUUGAGAAAUGAUACAACGCGUGCGACAAAAGGUGGAGAAGACCGUGAUUCCGCGGAGACUCGAACGUAUACGCUUAUAAAGGUGGCAAUCACAGCGCAGAAAUUUUGGAAGUGCACAGGUCUCGUUUAUCAAGGUCUCUUGGGUGGGAUGGCGUUUCUGCAUUUUAUAAUGGUUCACGUCUUUUUUAACACCUCGGUGGAAUUCAUGUCGACCUACUCGGUUUUCUGCGAAAUGUACGCGAAUAUAUUCUCCUUUCUAAUUGCUCUCUGCGUCAUCUCCAUCUUCGAUAAAUUCGAUUUGGCGCGACUUGAUAUGGAUCACUUGCAUGAGAUUUAUACGGAUCAUUCAAAAACUGCGAUCGCCAUUCCGCUCUAUCUCGUAACGUUCGGACUCCAUCAAGCAUCGUUGAAGAUAAACGAUGAAAUAGCUUUAAUUCAUUAUCACAGAAUUAAUGAAACGUGGUCAAAUGAGACAUUUCUUGAAGAGUUGAAUGGCUGGCAGAAAGUAACGAUAUCGAAGGACCUUCUCGCAGUUUUCGCUUGGCUUUUCGUUGUUCUUGGAACACGUGAUAACAUGCUAUUGACGCACCUUGAAUCGAUGGUACAGUAUGCGAGCAACGCGGAAUCUCCGAGAUGACAUUCGCAGAAUGACUUUCACUGUCGAAUAAGACAAACGUGUGUAAAGUUCUUCUGUGCAAUCGCGCAGACUGAAUAUUAUCAAGUAUUGAAAGCAGGAGUGUUUUAGAGAGUCAUUAUAUUCACUUUUUCUUCAUCUACUUACCAAUAUUUAAUCUCGAUAUUUCGGGUACAGAAGAUAUACAUCGUUAUUAAAGAUGUGUGAAUCAAGAUUUCUUGACAUCAAAUCAAACUGAAUUAAAAUUUUAUUUGAAUCAAAUCAAAUCGAAUCAUUAAAACAUUUAAUGAUAACAUAAUUAUUGUUUGGAAGAAUUUUAAUAUAUGGAUAAUUAUUAUUUUAAAAAGAUUUCUAUGUAAGAAAAAUAAUAUCGAUUAUAUAAUAUGAAAUCGUUUUAAUAUGAUUUUAUAAAAUAGUCAAUAUAUGUGAUUCAUAUUCAAACCUUUUAGAUUUGAAAUUUUCGAAAAAUAAGGAAUUUAAACUAUAUAAAUUCAAUUUCGAACCGAAUUGAAUCUUAUGUAUCUGAUUCGUAUUCAAAUAGUUCGCACAUCUUUAAUUGGUAUUUUCAGAAACUAUGUUUGGAAAAAAAUACGAUUUAAACAUUUAUUUGUAACAGAAUAGCGUUUGAUAUGUACAAUAUGUAUAAAGUUCGUCUAGACACUAGUCGAUAAUAUAUGUAUACAUAAUAGCAAAGAGAGGACACAAUAAUAUUAAGAUUAAAAUAAUAUAUGACGCGAUGAUACAGUAAUAAAAUAUGUUUAGACUUUCUUGGGCGCGAGAAUAUCUCGAUAGAAUCUGCAAUUGCAAGGUUGUAACAAUCAGUUGUCGACGAUUGUGAAAUAAGUUGCUUAUCAAAAUUCGAUCACGCGCGGGACACAAUAGAAAGAGGGAACAAUGGCUGCGUCCAGCAGAAAAAAAA